AUGCUGGUCUUUAUUUGUUCAGAUUUAGAAGACUCUGUUAUUGUGGGAAACAGCAUAAAUUACUUGCGGACUUUAAGAAGCUGGCUGUCGCCUGUGGCACGAAGCGCGAAUUCUGCCUGGAAGCGCUGUUGGCAUGCAUCUGUGGACGGCUGGGCUGCAAGAACAUUUCACUCACGAUGUGAUGGCAAGAAACCGACUGUAACAAUAAUAAGGGUUGGGAAAUAUAUUUUUGGCGGAUAUACCAGUAGGUCAUGGGGUGAGUAAACAUUGUUAAAAGAGAUGAUUUUACCGGUUUCUAGCUUUGUUGUAAAGCAUGAAUUAAGGAAAGUUAGGUAGUGAGCAUCAUUAAAAUGAUCCCGCCUUUGGAUACACAGAUUGAAAGGGCGUUUUUCACUUUUCUUGGAUCUUGCUCUAGCCUCAUUUCGCCCCUGCCUUGUCCUCCCCUGUCAUCACCAUUUCCUCAAUAAGGACGAUUCUUAUCAUUAGUUGGCUUUGUUUGAAACUAAUUAAAAAGUACUUAUCCGGCCAUAAACUGAAAAUGAUAAUCAAAAUCAGGACAGCAUGUGUUAAAUCAGACCAGUUGUGCUGAGCUGGUUAUAAGGCUUCCAGGAAGCAUUUAGAUUCAAUGUCUGCACCAAUAGUUUGUACUUUUAAGGCGAUCGAUGAAGCCUGUUACAUCGACUACAUGUACUUUGAUAAGAAAAACUGUGUUUAAAGUUCAGGCGUCAGUUCAAACGAAAACGUCAAACUUCGUGGCAAAACAGUGUGUAAACUGCGUCUGUCGGUGAGUAAAUUUACCAUUUAAUAGUCUGUCCGUUAAUUUGUUCAGUUAAAAUGUAAUCCUUAUGAAAACAAAAAAUGUUUUGUGUAAUGAAUAGUUUUUUGUAGAUCAAUUAAUUGAAAUUCUUUCCGUUAAAAGACUUGAUCAUGACAGAUUUGCUCUAAAGGUUAUUUGUUUAGUUUUGUUUGUUUGUUUGUUUUUUGGCAUUUUUUGUUGUUCGUUAUUUUUUUAUUUUUUUAUUUUCAAAAUUUUUGUACUUGUCCUACAACUACAAAGUAAAAUAAAUAAAACAUAUCAGACUCACAUUCGCUUCAAAUGAGAAAUUUUUUUUCCAGGUUUGUCUUCAGUGUCAAUCCACUUGACGACUGGUUUUAAUUUCUAAAGUGAGUAUAAGAACAAACGGCGCUAAUUACACUUGGGUCCGUCUUUAAUUUCUCUCUCCUGAUAGAUUCCAGCAAUACUUACCAGUUGGACUCCAAAGCAUUUUUGUUUUCACUGGUGAAUAAACCAGGAUGGGCACCUGUUAAACUGCCUCCGACAGGGGAAUAUAGUUGGAACGGAGCACAUUCCAUAAUGUGUUAUUCAUGGUAUGGGCCUACAUUUGGAGGAGCACAUGACAUUCGCAUUUCCAACUACGCGUCAUCCAAUAACAAUUCUUGCAGCAGCCUUGGCUAUACUUACAGCCCACCGAGCGGGUACAGCUAUGACAGCACCUUCGCCAAAACAUUCCUAGCAGGAUCACACUGCUUCACACCAGACGAAGUAGAAACUUUUUACGAAACAAACUAG